UCUGUGCUGGGAAGUGGGAGAAAAGCUUCCUUGGAGAGAGGAGUUGUCUUGCUGUGUGCUGGAGUCAGCUGGAGUCACCCAGCCCCUGUGAACAAGUGGAAGGCGUGCUUAGCUCUGCUGGGGGAGAGGGCCAUUCUCAAGGCCAAGGCCAUUUGCGGAGGAGGGAGAACUGGACGCCUAGUCAAGCCUGGGGCCCAGACUGCGGCAGCUGCUCAAAGAGGCAUCCUCUCUUCCUGCUCUGUCUGAGACCCUCAUCUCAGCCCACCUCAGCUCCGGCUUCUCCAGGCCUGCAUGGACUCAGCAGCCAAGGAUGAGAUGCAGCCUGCACUUCCCUCUGGCUCUUCCUGCCCAGGGCCUGAGUGGCCAGAGCAGGAGAGGGCGGAGCAGCUGGCCCGAGGUGCUGCACUCAAGUGGGCUUCAGGCAUCUUCUACCGGCCGGAGCAGCUAGCCAGGCUAGGCCAGUACCGCAGCCGUGAGGUGCAGCGUACCUGCUCCCUGGAAGCACGCAUCAAGUCGGUGGUGCAGUCAUACCUGGAAGGUGUACAGACUGGUGUGUGGCAGCUGGCCCAGGCCCUUGAGGCUGUGCAGGAAACCCGGGAAGCCCUGAGCCAGGCCCAUGGGUUGCUCCAGGGCAUAUCCAAGUCCUCCCAGACCCUACAGCCUCUGCGGGAGCAGGUUUCCCAACAUAAGCAACUGCAAGCUUUAUCUCAGUUGCUGCCUCGCCUGCGGGCAGUGCCCGCUGCAGUAGCCCACACACAGACCUUGAUUGAUGCCCAACAGCUCUUGGAGGCAUAUGUAAGUCUUCGGGAGCUGGAGCAGCUGCGAGAGGAGACAUGGGCACCCCUGGGGAGCCUGGAGCUGCCAGUCUUCCGGGAGCUCAAUCUUUUGGCUGAGGCACUGGGUCAGGCUGUGGAGGCAGCUGCAGGGGCAGCAGGGCAGCUGGCACGAGAGGAUCCAGCUCUGCUGGUGGCUGCUGUGCGUGUGGCAGAAGUGGAGGCUGGACGAACAACCCACCUGGGGCAGGCCCACCGGGACUGGCGACAGCGCUGUCUUCGGGCACUACAGGAGGGCCUGGAGCAGGUCCAUUUUGGGACAUCUCUGCUGCCUGGUCCAGGGGCUCUAGCAGAGUGGCUAGAGGCUCUGCGAGUGGCUCUACCAGCCGAGUUGGCCACAGCUGAAGCACUAGUAGCACCCUGCUGCCCGCCACACUACCGAGUGGUCCAGCUAUGGGCCCACACUCUACACAGUGGCCUGCGCCGCAGGCUGCAACAGCUCCUUGCAGGGCCUGAGCUGGGAGCUGCUGAUGCCUUUGCCUUGCUGCAUUGGGCACUGCAUGUGUACCUGGGGCAGGAAAUGAUGGGGAGCCUGGAGUUGGGGCCUGAGGCUGACGUAUCCCAGCUGGAACCCCUCCUAACCUUGGAGAAUAUUGAGCAACUGGAAGCAACAUUUGUGGCCAAAGUCCAAGCAAGUGUGGCCCAGUGGAUGCGGAAGGCGCUGGAUGGAGAGGUAGCUGAGUGGCUCCGGGAACAGGAGCCCAACACAGACCCAUCUGGCUUUUACUAUUCACCAAUGCCAGCUAUUGUGCUGCAGAUCCUGGACGAGAACAUUCGUGUGACCAGCUUGGUCAGUGAGUCACUGCAACGGCGGGUGCAUGGCAUGGCACUGUCAGAGCUGGGUGCCUUCCUGAGAAGCUUCAGUGAUGCUCUGAUCCGAUUCUCCCGAGACCACGUCAGGGGGGAAGCAACGGCCCCUCAUUAUGUGUCCUACCUACUGGCUGCCCUCAACCAUCAGUCAGCACUCAGCUCCUCAUUAUCGGUCCUGCAGCUCGACUGGGUAGCUUCAGGGGCUUUGGCUCCGGUGGAAGCCGGGCUGGACGAGUUGCAGAGGAGGAUCUGCCGUCUAGUGUUGGAAGCGCUGCUCGCGGAGCUCCAGCCUCUGUUCAAAGCUCUGCCCUCGCGCCAGUGGCUUUCUAGCCCUGAACUGCUGGACCGUGUGUGUGAGCAGACUGAGAGCUUCUGCCGGGAUUUCUGGCGUGUGCGGAACCCCACAGUUCAGCUGCUGUUGGCUGAGGCCGAGCGUGCUGUGGUGCUUCAAUACCUACACGCGCUGAUGCAGGGCCGUCUAGUGUGCCACGGAGCCGAGGAGAGGACCCAAGUGGCCGAGCGCCUGCGGCACGAUGCUGCCCAGCUUCGGGAACUUUUCCUCAGUUUGGGUUUGGAGGAGAGUGCUCACUGCGCGCCGGUGCUGCUGGCCCUGAGGGAGCUGCUGAACCUCCGCGACCCCACGAUGCUUGGCCUCGAGGUGGCGAGCCUGCGGCAACAAUUUCCCGACGUGAGUGAGGACCAUGUCUCCGCCCUUUUGGACCUGCGCGGGGACGUGUCCCGAGAGCAGCGCCUAGCCGCACUCAGCUCUUUGCAGGCAGGCCCGCCGCCCUCGCCCCCAACUGGUCGCCGCGCACUCUUCAGCCUUGUGCCGGCGCCGGCUCCGGUGCUGUCCUCCUGCCUCAUGUCUGGGUCUUGCGCUUGAUGCCAGGCUGCCUGCAAAAUAAAGA